AUGGGAAAUUGUGCUCCCCAAUACCAUGAUCUGCACCAUCCCGAGUAUCCGCAGAUCAAUCACCAAUAUUCUCCUCCUUCAUCCUACAAUUAUCCGGCACAAAGAUUAUCAUUGGAAGAAACACUCCAAGCAUUCAUUCAGACAAGCAACCGAAAUAUACAAGAGCUUAAGAAGGUAACCAUGAGCAACAACCAGAUGAUGCAAGAGCUUAAGAGUGUCACCAUGAGCAACGACCAGAUUAUGCAAGAGCUUAAGACCGCCUCUAUAAGCGAUAAUGAGAAUAUACAGAAUCUUGCCAAGAUAGAAGGACAUAUUGAUUAUCUGCAUGUCCCUGACACCAUCAUACUUGAGAGUAAUGAAAUUGAUAACAAUGAGGAGGAAGGAAAAGAGGAGCAAAUUGAGCACAAUGAGGAAAAAGGAAAAGAGGAGCAAAUUGGGCACAAAAAGGAGCAAAUUGAGCAGAUGGACCAAAUUGAGCACAUAGAGGAACAAGAAGAGAAAGAUGAGCAAAUUGAACACAGAGACCAAAUUGAACAAAAGGAGCAAGUUGAACAUGAAGAAAAAAUUGAGCCCCCAGCAGAUACAAGUCCAUCCAAUGACAAGGAAGAGAAGCUGGACACAGAGAGUGUGCCAGAUGAUUUCAUCUAUGGAGCAAUCUUCCAAGGCUUGAAGAAGGAUGGACCUCUGAUGGCAGAACUGGCGUUGAAAUCACCGAAAGAUCUUCAUACCUUUAUGUGUGUAUCAUUGAGGCAGUUGAUUGAGAAAUUCAUCGAGAAUGGGAAACUAGUCCGAUUUCUCGUCAAUGAGAGGAAUCAUCAGGAGCGAGACCAUUAUCCGCGGCCCAAGAGGGAAGAGGAUCGGAAUGAAAGGAGGAAUUAUCAACUGAGACAAGAAGACAGAAGAGGAAGAAGCCGAGAGCCAGCACCUCGACCUCGGAGGGAUGAAGGAAGGGAGAGAAGUAGGAGCAGACCUCGGGUGGCGCAGCAAGGUAAUCUCCGUAUCAUCCACACUAUCUCGGGUGGAUUUGGAGGAGGAGGUGAGUCCAACUCGGCUCGGAAGGUGUAUGCCAGGUAG